AUGCUCCUGAAUCUCUUUCUCUUGGUGCCUUUUCUGGCCUCGUUGCGCCGAUCCGAGGGCUCGUAUGUGCCCUGCGAACCGUGCGACCAGAAGGCGCUGUCCAUGUGCCCGCCCGAGCCCAAGGGCUGCCAGCUUGUGAAGGAGCCCGGCUGCGGCUGCUGCCUCACAUGCGCGCUGGCGGAGGGGCAGCCGUGCGGCGUUUACACCAGCACAUGCGCACUCGGUUUGCGCUGCCUGCCGCGGGACGGAGAGGAGAAGCCGCUGCACGCACUGCUGCACGGCCGGGGACUGUGCACCAACGAGAAGGGCUACAAGGCGUCGCAUCCGCCCGUGGAUCGCGAGUCGAAGGAGCACGACGAGGCGGUGAAGGCCGACGCCCCGGAGGAGCCGCUGCCCCCCGCCAAAGUGCCCAUCUACCCCAAGCAGGACAUGAUCAACAGCAGGAAGCAGGCGGCCAUGCUGAAGGAGAGGAUCAAGCAGCAGGAGAAGCUGAGGUCCGUGGGGCCGCCCGACUUCCCGCCGCUGCAGGUGGACAAACACGAGACCGAAUUCGGUCCCUGCAGGAGGAAGCUGGACGGGAUCAUAAAGGGGAUAAAGGACACGCCCCGCGUUUUAGCUCCCGCGCUUUACCUGCCCAACUGCGACCGGAAGGGAUUUUUCAAGCGCAAACAGUGCAAGCCCUCCCUCGGGCGGAAACGGGGCAUCUGUUGGUGCGUGGACAAGUACGGCGUGAAGCUCCCCGGCACCGACUACAUGGGCGGGAACAUCCAGUGCAAAGACCUGGAGAACAUCAACAACAGCGAGUGAGGAGGGACCCGCCGCCGCCGCCGCCGCCGCCCGAGCCGGGGGGCCUCGCCUCCCUCUUUCCUUCCCGCCCGUCCGCCGCCCGCCAGUCAGAUUUUUCGACGCGAUAAAGAAUACAUGCACGAACAAUUCGAAUUACGAAUACGCUAAACUGAGGAAAACACAUUUUAUAUAAAACAAACUACACGACGAGAAUCUUGUUUCGGACUGAGCGCUCGGCUCUGGUUUCUGGGACGCGCUCAGUCGGAGGGCGUCCGCGUUGAGCUGGGUUCCAGCUUAAGAUUUUAAAUAUGAAUAUAUAAAUAUAAAUAUAUACCUGUAAUUCUAUAUUUUUAUAAAAGCCAGGGUGUGAGCACUAUAUUGUUGAGAUACGGUGAAAGGAGAUGUGGUAUGUGGAUUAUCUCAGAGCUAUCUCGCUGUUUUACAUCGUACGUUUGUGAUUGUGGUAUCAGACACGAUAGCUUGAACGCUUUACCAUCAGGAGAAUUUAUAUAUAUAUAUUUUUUUUGUGGUAUAUUUUCCAAAAAAACAGGAAUAGUGACGUUCUGAUCUCUAUUCGACUCCUGUCAGAGCACUUAUUGGUUGGGAAACCUGCUUGGAAAUGUGUAACUUCACCAAGUUCGAUGUGUGUGUGUGUGUUCAUGAGUGUGUGUGUGUGUGUGUGUGUGUGUGUGUGUGUGUAGUAAACAUGUAAACAGAAACACGACAGGCGCUUUGUUAAAAGCGAAACGGCGUCCCUCGUUUCCCCUGAUGCCUCAACAGUACGUCUGCGGUGAGUUCCCGAUGCCCCCUGUGGUGGUCGUGUGUGAGCCAUUAUUAUUCCCCUACCAACCCGGUCUCCGAGGGACAGAGAUACGAGGUGUCGGAAACCCCGUUCGAUGCCCUUUUUACCGACGUAGCUCGCCCAAAAUACCAACUGUGCCUGUGUAACACGAAGCUGGCAUGAGGAGGCAUCCAGGUGGACGGACUGCGGCUGCCCUGUGCCCGACGUCCUCUCGGAUUCCCUCUUCGAACAGGCAAAUGGAAAGAAACAAAAGGAACUUAUUUGGCACUACUUUAUUUGUGGAUGCAUUCACCUAAAGUGGAAGAGUUGGCGUCGGACACAGGGCACCGUGAAGUACAGAUCCUAACCCACUAAGCCGACUUUCCGCGUUCCAAGACCGAUAGUUCUCAUUGAAAUGGGUAAAAUCUUGAACCUGAACUUAUUUGGCACUACUUUAUUUGCUCAUGCAUUCACCUAAAGUGGAAGAGUUGGCGUCAGACACAGGGCACGUUUUGGAAUUAUCUGCCUUCUGUGAAGUACAGAUCCUAACCCACUAAGCCGACUCGUCAGCCGCGUUCCAAGACCCAUUUACCCAUUGAAAUGGGUGAAAUCUUGAAUUUGAACUUAUUUGGCACUACUUUAUUUGCUCAUGCAUUCACCUAAAGUGGAAGAGUUGGCGUCAGACACAGGGCACGUUUUGGAAUUAUCUGCCUUCCGUGAAGUACAGAUCCUAACCCACUAAGCCGACUCGUGAGCCGCGUUCCAAGUCUGAGAGUUCUCAUUGAAACGGAACCAUUUUCAUUUCUGCUGCCUGGCACGACUGCAGCUUUAGGUUCCCGCGGGGCAUCACUGGCGACAGAGGGCGCGUUUCGUUUAGCGCCGGUGUGCGUCCUAGUGCCUUUCUGCAUCUCACACAGAUGCAUUCGAACGGCGACGUGAACGUUACACACAAGCCAAGGGGAUGGAACCUGAACCAGGCUGACCUUUCUGUACUGACGAGGGUCCUCGCUCGCUUUCGAAGACGGCUUAUCGCGGUACAGCUCGUUCCGGUUGCUGCCCGCUCACUGCCAGCUCGGACUGGCGCGUUUCUGCGUCUCACGUAUUUUCUGUGCUUUGCGAAUGAGCUGAAUUUGACAGAAUCGGACGGAGAGCGCAAACGUAAACGAGGGUUUGAGUUCGAGUCGUUUUGGUGAAGCUGAACGGGAACGCAGAUGCCACACGGCGAGCUUUAGCAGAAAGCGGCGAGAAAAGCCACGCCCGGUUACGCCGGUUUGGAUCAGAUCUCGUUACAGAGCCCGUGUGAUCGUAGUUGCAUGGCUGGGAGGGGACAACGAUGUCAAAUACGAUGGCAUAGCAGCUUUAGACGCCAAGCUACACCCAGCUCUCGCUUUUUAGUGCUGCGUCUUUUAUUUUUUGCUCUCGAUAGCUGCACCACCACCAGUGCUGCCACUCCGUGGGAUUUGGGCGAUCGACUUGGGAUUUAGGGAAUUUGCCAAGUGAUCUUGGGAUUUUUGUGGCGAGAUCUUGGUGGCAACACUGACCCAGCGAAUAAACGUGACCCUCUAAAGAUGUGGAGAGAAAAGAGGAGCGAUCUUCCGAGAGCCGUAACCAGACCCCUCCGAGACGUCCGAAGCGAGUAAACGAGGAGGCAGCCACCAUUGGUUCACUAUAUUGCACAAACGACCUUCCAAAGGAAGGCGGGAACAUUUGCCAGGUCCUAACCUCCGUUCGCAGGUCCUAACCCCCCCCCCCCCCCUUCAGCUUUUUGUUUUUACUUCGUUUUGAAAGCAGCUUGCACUUACGUACACGUCUUUCUCCGAGCGGCCGCGACUCCAAAGCCGAGCUCAGAUCGAGGCUCCGGACGCAAACCUCACCCGAGGACUUUUUGACAGGGGCUUCGGUGGCCCGGGCCUGACAGCCGCCGCAUUCAUGUGGUGGCGGUAUUAAAAAAAAAACACAAAAAAACGAAAACAGCGCUACGACAGCUAUCGAUAUCGGUCCCAUCCUUAUCUACUCUUACAGCUACCAGGUGACGUGCCAGCAUCCGUGGCACCCAGGGAGAGGGAGAGAAGGCGAGAGCCCUGCCAGGCAGUGAUCGGGGCGGAACAAGAACACACCACAUCACACAAGACACACUAGAUACCGUUAGCAUGCUAGGUUUACGGGAUUCUCGGGGUCUGCGAGGCAGGUACCGUGUGGUACCGCGAGGCAACCCGGUCCUCCAAGGGGUCUGUCUGAAAAUCUAGUGAGAAGAGGGCGUGUCUAAAUUCUUAGAUUGCUUAAAAUGCUCCGUAUGGAGGCGCCUCAAUUCCGAGUGAUAAUCCGACCGAAUAACGACGCAGCCUCACGAGGUUUUCAGACCGACCCGACGUCGGCGAGGUUUAUCGGCACGUCCCGGUACCUCCGGCAGAUCCCGAGCGUCUGAAGCGGUUAGACUACAAUAUUCAGGACUCACUCUACAGUAGUACUCCAGCGUCGUCUCUUUCCGAAUGCAUAACAGCUUCUUCUCGUUUUGAUUUCUCCCUGUUUUUGUUUUGGUGGAUGAGAAACGACUCGAUCGAUCACCUCGACAUGUGGCCUAACUCGGCGUUCGAAACAGAUAAAUAAAGAAAUAAAGAAAUAAAAUAAAAGAGCUAUUUGUGGCAGGAGGAAAACGUGAAAACGUUCAGCAUUUGGAACUCUUAAAAUCAAUAAAAAAAAAAAUAAUAAUAAAAAAAAAAAAGAACGAAAAAGAAUGAAAAAAAAAUCUCAAAUUAUUAAAAGUGAAUAUCACUGUGUAAUAUUUAUUCUACUUGUAAUUUAUGUACUCUUUUAACCUUUGUCCUUUUUGUUAUGACAAAGCAUUUAUUUAAAUAAAGUUAUGUAUUCGUUUAGA